AUGCACCGCAACCGGAGACUGGUGUACAUAUUCCUGGAUGACGAGGGCGCCCUCAGGAAGAUCAUUGGCGCUCUCGUGACACGAUUCGGCUCAGCAACCCACGCGGUUCUUCGACAAGCAAUCCCGGAUGAAGUAGAAGAAUGGGGCAAGAUUCGUGUCCGCAAUGACGGAGACACAAUGCGCGCAUCACUCGUCGGGAUCUCUCAGCCGGUGCGGAUGCAUCUGGUGCCGGCCGGCCCGGUUGCGCUCGACACCGCCUUCCCCAAGCGCGCUCGCGCACCCUUGGGACAGCGUCGCACCCAGAUGUCCGGACACCGGCGCCUCAGGCGCCGCCACCCGAGCUCGCUGUCUCCGACAGCGGAGGACGUGGGCGACGUGAACGCGGGAGACGCGGAGGCGGGCGACGCGAAGGCAAGCGAUGCAGAGGAGAGGGACGCGGAGGGCUGGGACGAGGCGGAGUAG